UCUAAACGUAAUUGCAUUGUGCGUAAUACAUUUCAAUUCCAAGCUAUAAUUUGUAUUUUCUGGGCGAAACUUUGAAAGUUAUGAGCAUGCGCGAUAUUCGUUAUAAAAAGAUAAUUGCAGAAUCGUGAGGCGCAGGCAACAUGAGGAACACGGCAUCAGCUAAUGUUCUCUCCUUUUUCGUACUUGUUACGUCGGUUUGCCUGUUGUACUCUUCAGAAUUCUUUGUUUUUAGGAGGAAUAGAGUGUUUGACGGUUAUACGUGUCCUGAGGCAAAACGCGUUUUUAGUAUUGACAAGGUUUACAGCGAUAUUCAAUGUGCUUUCUAUUGUAAAGGAUCGUCAUCCUGUGUUGACAUAUUUUACCAACCACAGGACAGGAGAUGCGACGGCUGUAGAUAUUCUGAAGACUCAGAACUGGAAAUUGCCGACGGGUUUUUGUAUUACACAAUUAGGAGAGCACCGACGCUUGGAAAGGCUUGCUCAAGUAAUGCAGACUGUAUUGAAACAGAAGGUGUGUGUAUAGGAGGAAUGUGUUUCUGUCACCAACUAUAUGCAUAUAACAACACAAUUAAUGACUGCACAAAAGUUUGCCAAGCAAUGACAGGUAAUUACAUGAAAUUCGAAAACAAAUUUAUCAGCGGUUUUAACAGUGAUUAUGCGGAGUAUGACAGCCUGGAACAAUGUAAAAUAGCCUGUGACGAAAACCCUAGCUGCUUAUCCUACGAAAUAUAUUCAGCAUCAGGGAAGAAAGUAGCAUGUAAUAUAGGAACGGUUACAUAUGAUAUGAUGAAUUCAGCUGAUCCCACAAUGAUAAGAGAUGAUAGCUUGUUGGAUCUGUAUUCCAAAACAUGUUCUUGACUUACGCCUAUAGACAUAAAAAAAUGAAAUCUGGAAAGUUUGAAUCAAAAAGAUGAAAUUAAAUUUAUACUCGAUGUUAAACAAAAACAUGUUAUUAAUGUUAUUAAGUUAUAAGGUAAUUAUAUAUCAAGUUACGCGAUAACCUUACACAUUUUAAAGCUGCACGCCUCCAGAUGAGCCGAAAUAUUUCAAGAAAACGAAUACUGAGAACAGUGCACUAAACUUUUAAGAAAGGUUAAAAUAUUCAAGAUUCAAGCUAUAUUUUGCAUGUUAUGUAGGUUUAAGACUGAUUUUGCAGUAUUUUAUAAGCAUAUUUCUACUGCGUUAGUAACGGAGUAAGGGCUGUUUUUGCAUAUGCUGAACACUUUUUGGUAAUUUUUGUUGAUUGUAAGUGCCGAUUGCAAUAUUCACAUUACAUUAUUUGUUUACCUCACAUUAUUUUACUUUUAAAUAAAUUUCCAAAAUAUUUAAUGAAAAUAAACAUGAAUCUGGAGGCGUGCUGCUUUAAGUGGGACAUGAAAAUUCAAAUAUUUUUUACUUAAAUGCUUUAGAGUAAGCAAGAGAGAAACUAUUUACUUUGUAUUGUACAAUAAUAAUAUUGUAUUUUUUUUUCAAAAGAAUUUAUUUUUUUUUCAUAAAAAAACCUUAUAGUAUUGUAUAGGCAUAUGCUUACUAAUAUAAAGACAUUUAAUGUAGAGACAUUUUGACAAAUAAAUCAAGAUUCUUAACCUAAAUUUGUGCGACUAAAGAGUCACACAGACUUAAAACUAAUUGACUCCCGGGAAAGGGCAAUUUUUGAUGGAAUUGUAUUUUUGAGAUAAACAGGUAAAAUACUGAAUUACAUAAUUCUAGGCAGACACAGGGGAUAUACAAAUUGUAUUUUAGAGGUAUGAAAAAAAGUUUUAUGUUGUGUUAUAGUUAUAAAUUGAAUGAUGUUAUUGACUUUUAUAAAGAUGCUUCUCUGAAAAAUUAUUGUAAUUUUUGUGUUUGUAUUUUUUUAUUCAUAGAUAUACAUUUAAGAUGAGGAAUUCAUUCAUAAUUGUGACACGUGAAAAGUCAGUAAUAUGAUAAAUGUUAAUUGAGUGUAAGAAUAUAUAAGCUAUUAGCAACAUACAUUUAUGUCACAUAAAUUAACAAAUAUCAAACUUCACAUGUAUUAAUAGCUUUCAAGGAAAAGUUCACAAUGUAAGAUUUCAUUCUACCUUAUAAAUGGUAUAUAUUAUUUUAGAUUGGAAAAAAAAUAAACGCCUGACUUUAUAGAUUUCAUUCCAAUUUGUUUUAUGUAAUAAUUGUAAAUCUUAUUUUGUUUUCCUACAUUAUAUUUUUUGGAAAGCAGUAAAAUGCCCAAUAAAUCUGAAAUCACAUUAUUUAAUUGAAUAAAUGUAUAAUCUUAAAUAUUUCAUCUUUCAUCAUUUUAUAAAAAUAGUUCAAGUAUACUUUUGCAUAUUUCAGUUUUAAAAAGAAAGAUGUAAUUUAUUUUUUUCAAAUGUAGAUAAUCAUUAUUAGAGGAAAAGAUUUUUUUCUUUUUUUUUCAGAAAUAAAAAAAUUGACGACCUUUCACAUUUCGUCGCAUUUGUUAAACGAAUUUCAUUUAUAAAGUUUUCCAUUUUUUUGUGACGUACUAUAAUCAUUUUGAUAUUGUCGUUAAUAACUGAUCUGUCCAUCCUCUUUCCUUUCGUCUCUUGCUUCCUCUUUCAUUUAAUUGCCUUACUUUUAAGAUCAACGAAUAGAAUCUGAAAAAGAUCGUUUUUGGAUUUAAAGUUUCAUGUUUUGUCUAAAUAAUUUUUACUGUUUCGAGAAAUUGUGUUUGAUAACUCAAAAAGAUUCAUUCAGAAAUCUUUACUUAGUUGAUACUUAUUAUCAUGAUGUAAUCAAGCAAUUUUGCAAGUUUUUAAGGAAAAUCAAUUAUGUCAAAUGAUGUAAUUACAAAGUCUUUUUCAAACUAUAUAUUUUAAAUCAAUUACAAGUAAAGGACUGAAUAAAUUUGCUAACUGUUCUUACAUGUUUUUAUAAAAGGCAACUAUUUUCACACUCGGUUUUUUCUUUCAUUUCAAUGUGUUAGUGCUUUUCAGGAGAAAUAA